GGCCAAUCUAAGCCGUUUUGAUAAGUGACUGUUCUUGCUUGUCGUCGUUCAUCUCAACUUGUUGUAGAGUCAUCCACUGCAAGGACUUUUAUGAAUACCGGUAAGCAGCAGAAGCCAGUGCUAACAGGCCAGCGGUUCAAGACCAGGAAAAGGGAUGAAAAGGAGAAGUUUGAGCCCACAGUUUUCAGAGACACAAUUGUUCUGGGCCUCAACGAAGCAGGAGGAGACCUCGAUGCUGUAGCUAAGUUCUUGGACGUUACCGGUUCCCGACUCGACUACCGUCGCUAUGCCGACACCCUCUUCGACAUCCUCAUCGCGGGGAGCAUGCUCGCUCCCGGUGGUACGCGUAUUGAUGAGGGGGACAAGGCCAAGGUGACGGAACAUUGUGUGUUUACCACCGAGGAGAACCAUGCUAACCUCCGCCGCUAUGCUCAGGUUUUUAACAAGCUUAUCAGGAGGUACAAGUACCUGCAGAAUGCCUUUGAGGAGGAAAUCAAAAAGCUUUUGCUGUUCCUGAAGGCAUUCAGUGAAUCAGAGCAAACCAAACUGGCUAUGUUGACUGGUAUCCUAUUGGCUAAUGGCACUCUGCCCCCGCCCAUCCUCACCAGCCUCUUCAGCGACAAUGUUGUCAAGGAAGGUAUCUCUGCGUCCUUUGCGGUGAAACUGUUCAAGGCAUGGAUAUCUGAGAAAGAUGCCAAUGCAGUCACCUCAGCCCUGAGGAAGGCUAACCUGGAUAAGAAACUCCUGGAGCUGUUUCCUGCCAGCAAGCAGAACGUGGAGCAUUUCUCCAAGUACUUCAAUGAGUCGGGGCUAAAGGAACUGUCAGACUUUAUGCGUGUGCAGCAGUCUCAGGGAACACGCAAGGAGCUGCAGAAAGAACUGCAGGAGCGCCUCUCUCAGGACUGCCCCAUACGAGAGAUGGUGGUGUAUGUGAAGGAGGAGAUGAAGAGGAGUGCUCUCCAGGAGCAAGCUGUGAUUGGUCUGCUGUGGAACAUUCUCAUGAAUGCUGUGGAGUGGAACAAGAAGGAGGAGUUGGUCACCGAGCAAGCCCUCAAACACCUUAAACAUUAUGCCCCCCUGCUAGCAGCGUUCAGCACCCAGGGCCAGUCAGAGCUGGUGCUGCUACUGAGGAUCCAAGAGUACUGCUAUGACAAUAUCCACUUCAUGAAGUCCUUCUCCAAGAUAGUGGUGCUCUUCUACAAAGCUGACGUUUUGAGUGAGGAGGCCAUUCUGAGGUGGUACAAAGACACUCACACCACCAAAGGGAAAGGUGUCUUUGUCGAGCAGAUGAAGAAGUUUGUUGAGUGGCUGCAAAAUGCAGAAGAAGAGUCUGAGUCUGAGGGAGAGGAGGACUAGAAGACCGACCCAGCAAGGAGUUUGUCUGUAACUCUGAAGUCUGCUGCAUCCUGUGGCCUGUAUGUCAGUCAGUCUCCAUGUUGCAUAGUACGUGUUUCAGCUUGUCUUUAAAGCAUUCAUGCUACCUAUUUUUUGAAGAUUUGCUAGGCUUUAUCAUAUUAGUGGGGUUCCUGAGACAUUCAAGAUAAGGCAUUGUGAGAAGUAUGAGAACGUGUGCAACAUUACUGCAAUAAAGACUACCUGGAACGCACCUAUCCAUAAUGUUCGACCAACCAGGGGUCAGACGGGGCGGCAGGGUAGCCUAGUGGUUAGAGUGUUGGACUAGUAAGGUUGCAAGUUCAAAUCCCUGAGCUGACAAGGUACUAAUCUGUUGUUCUGCCCCUGAAUAGGCAGUUAACCCACUGUUCCUAGGCCGUCAUUGAAAAUAAGAAUUUGUUCUUAACUGACUUGCCUAGUUAAAUAAAGGUCAAAAAUAAUUAAAGACUCCUCCUGCUCCAGGCAAUCAAAGCACAACCCCCAGCAAUAAACCCCUGGACCGCCUGACUUCAUGAGGACAGGAGACUAGAUUGCCAAUCUCUGAUAUUUUGAAUUAAAGCUUGGGCCUUUAAUACAGACUCCCUUCACUAAUGUUGUUCAGGCAUAGAGGAAGUUCAGACCUCAAUCUGCAGUAGAUUGUCAUACUUGUUUUAUGGAUCCUCAACUUUGUAUGUAACUUGGCAAUGCUUUUAUCUUUUUAUGAAUAAAGUGUUUUUAUAUGUA